CUCUCACUUACUGUUUUUGUUGUUGUUGUUGUAAAGAAGAAGUACUAUAAGAACACCCCAAUGACUCGCUCUCUCUCAUUUUUCUUGUCAGCUCUAAACAAAACAAGCAGGGAGAACUAGCUUCUCGAUCUUUUUGCUUGUUCUCUCUCUCUACAAUUUCACCUUUCUCUCUCUAUAUAGACAUAAUAUAUAGAGGUGGUGUUUGGUGAUGAGUCUAAACAUGGCCAUGAUGAUGGAGAGGAUAUGCAACGCUGUACAUGGUUUGAAACCGGUAAUGAUGAUGGUGGUGGUUAAUAUGGCAAUGGCGGGAGUGAAUGUAUUGUACAAAUUGGCUGCAAAUGAUGGAAUGAGUUUGAGGGUUUUGGUUGCCUACAGAUUUUUAUUUGCUGCAGCGUUUAUCGUUCCUCUUGCUUUUUAUGUUGAAAGAAAGAGCAGGCCAAAGCUGACAUGGGUAGUUUUAGGUCAAGCAUUUCUCUGUGGAUUAUUUGGUGGUUCUCUGGCCCAGAAUUUAUACAUAGAGAGCUUGGUUUUAACCUCGGCAACAUUUGCUUCAGCUAUGAGCAAUCUCAUUCCCGCCAUUACUUUCAUCAUGGCCGUUUCCUUUGGGUUGGAGAGUCUGGUAUGGAGUUCUAUGGCAGGCAAAGCAAAGGUGGUGGGAACAUUAAUGGGAAUGGGUGGGGCUAUGCUGCUCACGUUCUACAAGGGAGUCGAGGUUGACAUCUGGUCAACGCACGUUGACCUUUUGCACCACCAAGGACGCGUGUCAGCACCACAUUCUGAUAAUCAUGUGUUGGGUGCUUUAUUGGCUAUAUGUAGUUGCCUGUCGUAUGCAUUGUGGUUGAUUAUUCAGGCUAAGAUGAGUGAGAGGUACCCAUGUCCUUACUCCAGCACAGCGCUAAUGGCUGUGAUGGGAUCAAUCCAGGCCGUUGGAUUUGCCCUCUGCAUGGAGAGAGACUGGAAUCAGUGGAAGUUGGGGUGGGACAUCAGACUCCUCACAGUAGCUUACGGUGGAAUAGUGGCCUCCGGAUUGAUGGUUACGCUAAUUGCAUGGUGUGUACGCAUGAGGGGCCCACUGUUUGUAUCGGUUUUCAACCCUCUGAUGCUUAUACUUGUUGCCAUUGCUGGGUCUUUGGUAUUGGAUGAGAAGCUACACUUGGGAAGUGUGUUAGGGGCUGUGCUAAUAGUGAUUGGGUUAUACUUUGUGUUAUGGGGAAAAGGCAAGGAGAUGAAAAAGAUUGUUCCACUCAUGCCCUCCAAAAGCUCUGCAGAAUCGGAACGAGUGGACAUUGUGGUAAUUUCAUCAGUUGAAAACAACACCACUAGCAAUGGUAGCAAGGUAAUUGUACCAUUGGCGGAUAAUGUUAUUUUAGAUGGAGAAACUAAAUAAUAGUAAGGAUGGUAAUGAGGAAAAAUAGGAAUUUUUUUUUUUUUGUUUUUAAAA